AUGGACCGGUCUCAGCUGUUUAUUAAGAAUUGCUUAUUGACCAGAAAUUUUGCAGACCCAGAAAAACUCAUCAAAGAGAAUCGACUACAAGAUACACUGUUGCUUCUGCCAACCGAUGGUGGUGUAUCGACCAGACUCAAACGGAAUAGAAGCAAGUUAAAGAUAUCCUUAAAUACUUUGGAGAAAGCAGCUAAUACAUCAAGAAAGCAUAAGGACUAUAAGAGAGUCAAUAAGAAUUCUAAAGCGGCUUUGAAGAACUAUAUUAAUAACUGCAAAUCAAGUGCUGGGAAGGCCUUACAUAUAGCUUAUGACUCAAAGAUAACUGAUAAAAAUGAGUUAAGUGAACAUUUACAAAAUAAUCAUACUGAAUUGUGGGAAGCUCUACCACGGUUUGAUACAUUUUUACCGAUGCAUGAACAACUGUGGGUUGGUUAUAUACGAGAACUGCUGAAUGUUCCUACAACGUUGUCCGAUGCUUCAAAGCUUAAUAUCAAUGGCAGUUCAGCACUGAUGAAACUUUCAAUGGCAGAUUACAAUGGAGCAUUUUUGAAAGUGGCUAGUAGCCAAAAUGAAAACCAAGUGGGGAUAGAAGGCAUUGUCCUUUGGGAUAGUCAAAAGAACUUCAUUAUGGUGUGCCGAGGAAAUUUGGUCGAUGAGGUUAAAAUAAUUCCAAAGAAAGGAACAGUUUUUAACUUUGAAGUGCCAUUGAAUGCCGAUGAUGCGUUAUCUUACACUAUCCUCGGUGACCGUUUCAAAUACAGAAGCAGCGACCGAGCUGGAAGGAAGUUCAAGAGUCGCCGAUGUGAUGACAUGCUACAUUAUUUAGUCAAAUAG